GCAAAAAAAAAACUUGAUUGUUUAAACAAAUCAUCCAACUAUCCAAAAGUUCAACAAGAUGCCAUGCAAAGGAUGCGGAAACAACUGCCAAUGCACAGCCGGCAAAUGCGGUGGAAACUGUGCAGGAAAUCAGCAAUGUCAAUGCGCCGCCAAGAGUGGAUCCGGAACUGGGUCAAAAUGCUGCCAGGCCAAGUGAAUGGCAAUCCUUGAUUGUUAUUUGAAUAUAAAUUAAUUAAAUCUAGUACUUUAAUUAGUCUUUGCCAAUUAUGACUGAUCAAAUUAAAUAAACUUAGAAUAUUAUGUUGUAACUUAA